CCAUGUAUACUAAUCUAGCCUUAAACAAAGCCAUUUACUGAUGAAGCUUGUUCUGUGUGGCGCACAGAUUUCAGCCCCUAGCAGGAAUUACUCGGGGCACAAAUAACCUACCGUCUACAGUCUACACAAAUAGGCGGAUCUGUUCCUUUCUACAGUCGUGUUCAACCAAGUUGCGUGGAUCUGCAUGCUGAUCUUUCGUGCUGAAUCCAGGCAGCAUGUCGACGGAAGGGGAGUAUGAGUGCAUAGUGAUUGGGGCCGGCGUGCAGGGCUCCUUCACGGCUUAUCAGCUGGCACAGAGGAACAAGAAGACUCUUCUGCUGGAGCAGUUCGUCCUGCCCCACAGCCGAGGGAGCUCCCAUGGCCAGACCCGCAUAAUCCGCAAGGCCUACGAGCAGGACUUCUACACCCACAUGAUGGAGGAGUGCUACGAGCUUUGGGCCCAGCUGGAGAGGGAGGCGGGUGUCAAACUGUACAGACAAACAGGACUCCUGGUGAUGGGACCAGAAAGCAGUCAGAGUUACCAGCUGAUUAAGAACACUCUGCACAGGAACAAGGUUCCUAUGGUGAUCCUGAACCGGGAGAACUUCAGCCAGCACAUCCCCCAUGUCAAUCUGGCUGAGGGAGACGAAGCGGUGGUGGACAUCAAUGCUGGAGUUCUGUAUGCUGACCGUGCACUCAAGACUGUCCAGGGGCAGUUUCAGAAAUUGGGUGGGGUCAUAAGAGACAAAGAGAAGGUUACCGACAUCAAGCCUGGCUCUGUUGUGACAGUGUCAACUUCUGCUGGUGUUUAUCGAGCCAAGAGUGUGGUGAUCACCGCUGGUCCCUGGGCUAACAGACUGCUUGCCCAAACUGGCUUACAGUUGCCACUCAAGGUGGUGAAGAUCAAUGUGUGCUACUGGAGAGAGAAGGUUCCCGGUUCAUACAACGUGAAGCAGCGCUUUCCCUGCUUCUUGCUGACUGAGGGUGAGGAGUCCAAAGAGAACAUCUACGGCCUCCCGUCCAACGAGUACCCAGGCCUGGUGAAGAUAUGCUACCAUGGGGGCGCUGAGACAGACCCAGACCAGAGGGACAGGCAGACAGACCGGUCUGAUAUUGACAUCCUCCAGCGGUACAUCGCCCGCUGUUUACCUGGCCUGGUCCCAGAACCUGCUGUGGUGGAGAGCUGCAUGUAUACGCAAACGCCUGACCAUCAUUUUGUGCUGGACUGCCACCCUGUCUACAGCAACAUUGUGUUUGGAGCAGGAUUCUCAGGUCACGGCUUCAAGUUUGGACCAAUCAUUGGCAAGCUCCUGUGUGAACUCAGCCUGGGAGAAGUGCCCUCCUAUGACCUUUCACCUUUCAAAAUCAGACGCUUCCAGACAAAGACCAAAUCGGCUUUAUAGAGCUGGGAGUGGGUACUCAGAGCAUUAACAGAUUGUCUUAUCUAAUUGUCACUGUAUGAUUUGAGAUCAUCAUGGUCCUUUAGCCCUAGGCUGUUGAACGCAAUCACACAAUUUUUUGCCUGCUGCUUUAUUUGAUGUAGUCAAUGUGUGUUUCCAGUUCUACAUGGUGUAAUCAGCUGUGUAGCACUCAUGCAACAUGAAAGUCAGUAUGUUCACAUGCAGGUACGUAACCAGGUUACAGUUGGCUCUCUGCAGUAAUCUCAUUUGGUUUUCUUCUAUGGUUUACUUUGGUUUACUAUUUUGAAUAGUUUAACAUUUUGGGAACCAGGUGCUUUCUUGCUGAAAGUGAGAUUAGAAGAUUGAAAUUCUCGUGUCUGUAUGCUGAAUAUGAAGCUACAGCCAGGAGACAAUUAGCUUAGCUUAGCAUUAAGACUGGAAGCACGGGGGAAACGGCUACAGUGGCCUGGCUCUGUUCAAAGUUUAUAAAAAAAAUCUGUCUCCCAGCAUUUUCCAUUUUUGUUUAUUCCUGUGACACACCUUGUUUGUUUAAUCCAGAGAUCUUCAAAAGGGAGUCCGGAAAAUUACAUAUUUGGGCAUCACCAUUCACUCAUUGCUACAGGGAGUUGUCCAGGACAACUAUGAAUCUAUACUAAGUAGUGUUCAAAGGGAUCUGGCCAAGUGGUCUGCGCUGCUGGCAUCGCUACGGUCCAAGAUUGCUGUUGUUAAA